AAGCUUUCAAAGCCUUCAAAAAGUUCAAAAACUAUGCGUCCUUUCCAAUGGAAGAGAAAAGCAGACUUCUUCUACAAACCCUAAAACCUCACCCUCUCUCUCUCUCUGUCUCUGUGGCUCGCCUGAAUCCCUCUGAAUUAUCACCGGAAUCCUGAAAACAAAGAAAGGAGUCGAUAUCUUCGCCGGAAUUCCGGCUUGGAGAUGGAAGAUGGGAGUAAACCUGAACCAUCGAGUGAAUUCUCCGGGCACUACGAUUACUUGUUCAGUAGCGAUCGAGAGAGUAGUAUUUUGAGCGAAUUCGGAUGGAAUCUCCAACAAGAUACGGUGGUUAAAGAUUCAGAGACCGGUGGUGGUUGCUUCUCUAGUUUCGAUCAGAUCGAGUUGGAUGAUGAGAAAUCGGAUUUGGCGGGAAACUUUGGUUCACACUCACAGCAAAGCGGUAUUGAUUGGAGCUCUCAACCGCCGUCGUGUUUUAGCCAGACUACGACGACGAAGAUUGUUGGUUCUGGAUCGGUAUCGAUCGAUAAAUCUUUAGGCGGUGGCGAUGAAGCAUCGGCUUCGAAUCCAUCGGUAUCUUCGAGUUCGAGCGAUGAGGCGCCGGAGAAGUCAACGGGAUCUGACGGAAAACCCCCUGAGAUAGCGAGCAAAGGUAGAAAGAAGGGGAAAAAGAGGAUUAGACAACAAAGGUUUGCAUUCAUGACUAAGAGUGAAGUUGAUCAUCUUGAAGAUGGCUACAGGUGGCGAAAAUAUGGACAGAAGGCUGUCAAGAAUAGCCCAUUUCCUAGGAGCUACUAUCGCUGUACAAAUAGCAAAUGCACUGUGAAGAAGAGAGUGGAACGCUCAUCUGAAGAUCCUUCUAUUGUUAUCACAACAUACGAAGGCCAACACUGUCACCACGCAGUUGGGUUCCCCCGUGGUGGUGUCAUUCCUCAUGAGGCUUCCUUGGCUGCUCGGUUUAGUACUGAUUCGACCUCGAAGUUGUAUCUUCCAAGGGUGCAGUUUCCAUUAAUGGGAAACCAGUUUCAUUUCAGCCAAUUGCACCAUCUCUCAGGAGAUGAAGUUGGGCAAUCUCAAGGGCACUCGUCCCCUCUGGUGACGGUGCCGCCGCCGCGGCCUCAGCAGACCCAACAGCCUCCAACAACAUCGAAUUAUGAAGGAUUGCUUGGUGAUAUUGUGCCUGGUGGAAUGCGUAGCUAAUGAGAAAGCAAUUAAGGAUGGGAUGGGUUUUGAGCAUUUUGUUGGUCUGUGAUGCAUAAAGGAAGGACCAUUUUGAAGUCAUCGUAUGGCUUCAUGAGUAGAGCUGUGUUUUGUUCAUACAGGUUAUUGAACAACUUGUUAAGGAUCCAUCAAAGCUUGCACUCACAAUGAAUGAUAAUGUUGAUGACAGCAAUAAUGAAGCAAAAUGUUUAUAAAGAUCAUGUCCAGAGGGGUUCAUUUCUAUCAUGCGAAAGACAACUGAGGCAAUCAAUUCUGACCAUUGGAUAGAUAGAGCACUAUAGAAUAUGUACAGGUUUUAAUUUCAUGGCAUAUUUUAAUUCUAUGACCCGCCAUCUAAUGGAUUUUUCUCUCAUUAUAUAUUUGUAGUUGAAAGGUCAGUGGAGAUUGGAGAGUUGACGAGGUUCAUCUAGCCAUUAGAUAGGAGGACCAUUGAGUGGCCAUUUUGUUAAAAUUUCUAAUCAAAAUCCAAUCAUAUGAUCAUGUGUAUUCU